AGAGGAGGGAGAAAGAGCUGUAUGUUUUUGCAGGCGGAGCUUCUUCCUUUCGUACUGUUGGAAUUCGCUGCGUGUGUUUUCUCAGCACAUUUUGCUGGAAAGAGGGGAAAAAAAGGAGACGCAGUACUUAGGAAGAAAGAGGAAAAGAAAGACCUCCUUUGCAGGCUCAUGUGAACUGAAGGAACCGGGUCGGUGCUGUUUAUCCGCUACGAUGUGGCAGCCUGCGACUGAGAGACUGCAGCAUUUCCAGAACAUGUUGAAGUCAAAGCUGAAUGUUCUGACACUGCGCAAAGACUCGUUACCGAGUGUCAUCUUCCAUGAACCGGAGGCCAUCGAGCUCUGCUCCACAACACACACCACUAAACAACGCACACACACUGGCUACAAGGUGACCUAUCUAGGGAAAGUGACAAUCCCAGGCUCCAAGUUCCUCUCAGGCUGCACUGAGUCUGCUGUGGUGGCAUUAUGGGAUACAAAGCGCUCAUCAACCACCAUGGAUGCCUUGCUGGAGAUCCGGCCUUUCCAGGUGCGUCUGCAUCACCUUAAUGGGCGGGGUGAGGCGCCAGACUCAUUGGAGACAUUCCAGGUGGCACGAAUCGCAUACUGCACAGCGGAUCAUGAGGUGAGCCCAAAGGUGUUCGCAUUCAUCUACCGGCAGAUUAAUGAGGACCUGACGUUUCAAAUGGACUGCCACGCUGUGGAGUGUGAGAACAAGCGCGCUGCUAAGAUGCUCGCCCAUGCCAUGAUGGAUUCCUUCACCAAGACCUUCCAUUCCAUGCGGACCGAUGGGCGCAUCCACCAGUCGGGGUGUGAGGUUCCUGAAGACUCUAAUGCAAAUCCUGAUGAUGGCUGAGGCCAGGGCUCGAAGGGGUGGGACCUAUAGGGUGAAUGUGUGAUCCCAUCUCUUUUCCUGUGUUGGGAUAAUAAAGAAAAAUAAAGAAAAAAGUUCUCUUAGCUCACGGCUAAUAAAAAUUGCAUAACUGCAGCCAUAUUGCUCUCAAAUCUUGUAACUGUUCUAGAAUGUUGCAAUGAAAAAUUGAUCUAGAUGAAUUAGGACAUGGACUGUUGUUCUCAACUGCUAAGAUAGUUUAUUGUAUGUUGCCAUGGUUCUACAAUAUUGUGAUCCAAAGUGUUAGAAUACUGUUGUAGAAUACUGCAUUUAGAAUAUUUGGGGAACAGUGGGAACGAUUUUUAUGGAAUAUUGGAUUAGGACACAAUAGAAUGUUGCUCUGAAAUUCCAUCUCUUGAUGGAUUGUUCUAGAACAUCUCAAUGAAAAACUUUUAUUGUAUAUCUCAACCCUUGUUAGAGAACAUAUAUCUAAAUAAAAAAAAAAUAUAUUUGAA